CAUUUUUUGAGUAAGAAACUUGGUUUGGCUGAAAUCGAAUUGCCAUUAGAAUGGAGAUCUCAAUUUAUUAAAUGGACAAAAAAAAGUUGAAGGCUAGUAUAGAAAUAAAAAAUAAUGAAUACUAUCUAAUCAUCGAAGAUGAAAAGGAUGAAAAAUAAUCAGUUAGAAUGAAUAUAAGCGACCUAAAAUAGCCUAUGAAUAAAUGUAAUUUAUUAAUACCAUCACCUCCUUAUAAUGAGCCAAGGGAUAUUUAAAACAUCCAUUGUUUACCAUACAAAGCAAAAGCAAAAAUUGAAAAUAAUUAAAAAGAUGUUGAAGAAUUGCAAAAUAAAUUUCGUGGCCUUAAAUAUAGUGAUAAAUAGAAAUAGAAAUAUAAAAAUUAUUCUAGCAGUUCAGAAGUUGAACAAAGUCCUAGCGAAGAUGAAUUUUCAGGAUUUUAAAUUCCUGUUCUCUUCCAACUCUCUCAUUUAGAAAUUAGAGAAUCACAAUAAGGAAAAUAAAAUUAACCUGCAGAAGCUUACGAUAAAUCAAAUUUAAGGAGUAACUUAAUUGAUUUCUUGAGAACCAAAGGUGACAAUGGAGCUAACAUCUAAGAGAUAAAGUAAUACUAUAAAUUCCAAAGCGUUCCAGAAAAACAUUUAAGAGAUUCACUAAAACUGUUUGCAAAAACUACAAUGAGGGCGAACAAAUUAAUUUACAUCUUGCCUUCUACCUUAUAGAAUUGAAAUAUACAUGAUUAAGAAAUCAUAUGCAUAGAUAAUACAAAUAUUAUAUUAUUUAA